AUGACCCUGGCAGCUGCUUGCUGCGAGAAUUCCUCCGAGAGCUCCCCGGCCGCACUGUCCGCCGACGCAGACAUAGACGUGGUGGGCGGCGGCAGCGGUUGGGGGGGAGCUCCCAGCCCGCUCCGGGCCCCGCGCCCCCGGGACGUGCUCCCUCACGGCCACGAGCCUCCUCCGGAGGAAGCCGAGGCAGACGUAGCAGAGGACGAGGAGGAGUCGGGUGGCAGCUCUGACGGCGAGCCUCGCGCUCUAGCGCCCCGGGGGGCGGCGGCCUCAGCGGGAAGCCCAGGGCCAGGCGCGGCCGCGGCCCCGGGCGCGGCGGGGCCGGGGCCCGGACCACCGUCGGGGGGCGCGGCGACGCGGAGCCCGUUGGUAAAGCCACCCUACUCAUACAUCGCGCUUAUCACCAUGGCCAUCCUGCAGAGCCCCAAGAAGCGCCUGACGCUGAGCGAGAUCUGCGAGUUCAUCAGCGGCCGCUUCCCCUACUACCGGGAGAAGUUCCCCGCCUGGCAGAACAGCAUCCGCCACAACCUCUCACUCAACGACUGCUUCGUCAAGAUCCCCCGCGAACCCGGCAACCCGGGCAAGGGCAACUAUUGGACGCUUGACCCCGAGUCGGCCGACAUGUUCGACAACGGCAGCUUCCUGCGGCGCCGCAAGCGCUUCAAGCGGCAGCCUUUACCGCCGCCGCAUCCACACCCGCACCCUCACCCAGAGCUUCUGUUGCGUGGCGGAGCUGCAGCGGCCGGGGACCCCGGCGCCUUCCUACCAGGCUUCGCCGCUUAUGGCGCCUACGGCUAUGGCUAUGGGCUGGCACUCCCCGGCCUAGCGCACCCCCCACCGGGACCGGCCCCGCACCCGCAUCCGCACCCGCACGCCUUCGCCUUCGCUGCCGCAGCCGCCGCCGCGCCUUGCCAGCUGUCGGUUCCCCAGGCCGCGCCGCUGCGCCUCCACCCGGACCCUCCGACGGCCUCGGUGUUCGCUGGUGCAGCCUCGGCUCCAGCCCCUGCGCCUGCCCCAGGGUCAGGCCCGGGCCCCUCUGGCCUGCCCGCCUUCCUAGGCGCGGAGUUGAGCUGCGCCAAAGCUUUCUACCCUGCGUCCCUGAGCCCUCCCGCAGCUGGCACAGCGGCCGGUCUGUCCACCGCACUCCUGCGCCAGGGCCUCAAGACGGACGCGGGAGGUGGUGCGGGCGGCGGUGGCGCAGGGGCAGGGCAGAGGCCUUCCUUCUCUAUAGACCACAUCAUGGGCCACGGUGGUGGCGGGGGAGCACCCCCCGGCAGUGGCGAGGGCUCCCCAGGAUCGCCAUUUGGGGCAGCUGCAGGACCUGGGGGUCAAGCCCAGGUCUUGGCCAUGCUGACUGCCCCAGCCCUGGCUCCGGUGGCGGGUCACAUCCGCCUCUCACACCCCGGGGACGCGCUCCUGUCCACAGGGCCACCGUUUGCCGGCAAAGUCGCCGGCCUCAGUGGCUGCCACUUCUGACCGCAGCGGACCCAGGGCCAGUUAGGCCCGCACUCCUAAGCCUCUCCCGGGAGCUCCUGCGGUCCCAGCGGAACUCAGGGAGUCUAUUUAUGAAGAGCCUCCAGACCUGGGCCGGCGCGCGUGACUUGGCACUUCAGGCUCCACGCUCAGAAUCUCGCUGAGAUUGGGACGAAGCGGGCUCCAUCGCUCAGGGCGAGGCCCAGGUUUAAGCUAAGUGGUCCCAAGUCAAGAUCCCAUUCCUGUUUGAGCAGCAAAUGAGGGAGGGGGAACCUUCGAUUUUUCCCUGCCUGCCUCUGCUCCGCAACCCCGGAAGAAUGCCUUCCCCGAGACAUGCCUGCCCAGGCCCUGCGGAUCCCGCCAGAAACACCAAGGGCACUGAGAGGUCUCCCUUUCUUCCUUCCUCAACUUUGAGACCCUGCUUGUCCAAUAUUAUAAUUUAACAACAUCUAUUAUCCGCUUGUGCUUAAAAGAAAAAUUCAAGGUUUUUUUUUCCUGUUCUCCAAGGAAGCGUUCCCUCAAAAGCCUAAAGCAGUAUCUACACAGGCGAAGCUGAACGGAGAUGUGAAGCAGGGGGUCGCCACAAUCUUUGCAGAAACCCCAGAUUCCAGUCCAUGAGGAAAAAUCCUUUCUCUUUUGUGUUUGGGUGCUUUUCAAGGAACUUCCCCUGUUCCUGUGGCUGACUGGGGCCAGCCAUCCAGGGCCAGCAGCCCUCUCAGCCUCCUCCUCAGUCCCAGGCCCUGGGAUAUUUAUUGUAG